GCCAAUGAUCUGAACUAACCAGUAAGUAAAUCUACUACGCUCAAAACUGAUCCAUGAACAUUUUUUUUCUGAUUUAAUGCUAGAAUAUAUUUGUUACAGUGUUAAGUCAAUUGUUUCUGUGUUAUUACAACUUAUAUAAGUAUAUUUUAUUUGAUUCAUUAUACUCUUAAAGCUGUGGAAUUAAACUGUAACCUGUAGUCCCAUUCAGCUGCCUGAGAGUGAUAGGACUUUACAAGGAAAAUAAUAUUUUUAAAUGUAUUUCACAGCUUUGUUACAUUGUAUCUAUUUAACUAAUUUGUUCGAUAUGUAUGGUCUAUCUAUCUAUCUAUCUAUCUAUCUAUCUAUCACAAAAAUGUUGAGAAUCUGUCACUCUUCCUUAAAAUAGUAUAAAGUAAAUAGACUAAGGUGCUGCACAGCAUAAGUAUAAAGGAUAGAAAAAAUGAGAACACUUGGUUCAAAAAGUAAAUUGUGUUGUAUUCAAAAUUUCAUCAACGUUUCGACCCGUAGGUCUUUAUCAAGACAUAUGUAACAGUAAAUGCAGUGUUUAUAUAGGAAAUAAAGUGCAAUUAAGUGAUAACGUACCCUGUGCAUGUGUUUUCACCUCAAUCUGAGCAUGGGCGCCGUGCAGUGUGGAGAGAGUGACCGCGCAUGCGUGAUGGACGUGAACGUAAUGACGUAAUGAGAUAGCGUGGUGAUCGCGUCGUGUUACUAUGGUGACGCUAGAAAGCCGAUAAAUAUAAUAAGUGCAAUAUGAAUUCAUGCAUGAAAGUCAGUGCUUUAAAACCAAAUUGGAGGAUACUAAUAAUUGAUGGAAAUAAUUAUUCUAAUCAGUGAUGUGCUGAGAGUGUAACGGUAAAGAUAUAGCAGACCAAAGUAGUGGAACCCAGAUGUAAUGAGGAGCAGUGUAAAUAUGGAUAAUGAAAAAAAAAGGGUUAUGAAAGCAACAAAAGGAAGACAUAAAAGUGAAAUGAAAACGAGAUCAGAAGGAAGAAAAGCAUGAAAAGACAGAAAAAAUAAAAUUAAUAAAAAGGGUGUCAGAAAUGCGUUGUCCUGAGUAAUAGAAAGCAGAUGAUGAAAAAGACUAUAUGGGUGGAAAGAGGAUAAGAGAACCAGUGGGAAAUAGCUGAACAGUAUGAAGUGAAUGUGAAGUGAGGUUUAAAAAAGUAUGUAUAUAUAUCGUAUAUAUAUAUAUAUAUAUAUUAAUAUAAUAUAUAUUACACAAUAUUUAUACACGUAUACAUUUGUAUGAUCUUAUACAAAAAAAAUCUCUUCUGCCUUUAUAGAGAUUUUGUCUUUUUGUAAAUACUUCUGUAUAUUGAUUGUGAAUGUCUCUGACAUCUGAAAUUAAUUAUUUAUUAGAAAUGAAAAGGUUGUCUGAAUGAAAAUAGGGAGUGUUGAGUCUAUAUGAUUACAAUUACUAUUCUAUUAUUUUUUAUAAAGUUAUAGUGGUUAAUCGAUUUCAAAGAUUUUCUCUAAAAAAAAAAAGUUUAUUUUUUUUCUCUCCUCAGAUGCAAAAUGAAGUAAUCAUGCCACAACGGGAAAUGAACUGUUCUGAAUGGGAGAGAAGAUUUAUUUUGUUUAUCUUUCAAGGUAAAAUAAAGUAAUCCAUGUAAAGUUGGUAUAUGUUUUUUUUUGUUUGCCUAAUGGUUCUUGUCACCUUCAUUAUCAAUCUCAGUUUUGUCAAAUGGGCCAACUCACCCAUGCUCCCAUGCCAGACUGUACAAACUUGACACUAAUAAUGCAAAUAUGUAAAUUCUGCAUCAUUGGUUCUGCUUAGCAGGGGUAGUCGCUAGGUUAUAUGUUGCCAGUGUGCUUUUAAAACGAGCAGAAUAUUUAAUUAUAGAAAGUUAUAAACUAAAGUUUUUGCAAUCUGAUAGGGCUAUCCUAUUUUAAGAUUGAGUUCAACUGUCCUGAUUUAGUUCUCUAAAGAGUGGUAUAAGUUGCAUCACUGGUGACACCCCUCUUGAGGGUUCGCUCAUCCAUCCUGAUUCCAUACCUCCCAAUGCUGGGGGGAGAGGGGGUAUGGCUUGAACAUAUAAUUAUAUUAAAAUCUGAAACUCAGAUAAACCUAGUUUUGUUCUUGUAUUUGUUGACUAAAUUGUCCACGGUGGUUGUGUAGAGAUUGAAAUGUUGAAGUUGAGGUAAAUGGAUGCUGUCCAGGUUCAUUAUCUGUCAUAUGGAUGUCAUAUGGAACAGAGUGAUAAAGUUUCUGUAUUGUAGAAAAAUAUUAGAAAGCUCUCCCAACAGAGGGUUAAGUAGGAAAUUGAUAUAUACUCACUUUGACUUAUGCACCCUGAUUUACUCUUACUUUUUGGAGUGGUAUAAUAUUAACACAUCAUAAGUUUCUUUUUAAAAUACUACCCAAUGAGAUUGCAUGUAUUUAGUAUUUUUCAGUCUGUUAUCUUUUCAAUAUAUGUUUUACAAAAUCUUUGGUCCUUUUUCCUUCGCAUUAAUGGUCGCCAAUCUUGUCUCGUGUCUCUGACUGCCUCUUCGCAAUUUCCAACUGGAUGGCUGCUCACUUCCUUAACCUCUUGAGGACACAUGACAUGUGUGACAUGUCAUGAUUCCCUUUUAUUCCAGAAGUUUGUUCCUUAAGGGGUUAAACUCAACCUGUCCAAAACAGAACUUCUGGUCUUUCCUCACUCAAGUGUUGCUACUCCCGUGUCUGUCUCCCUCCAAGUCAACGGCGUCACCAUCACCUCUACCUCGCAGGCUCGCUGCCUAGGUGUUCUCUUUGACUCCAACCUCUUUUUCACCCCUCAUUUCCAGUCGAUAGCCAAAUCCUUCCGCUUCCAUCUCAAAAACACCAGACACGACUAAGGUGCUGGUCCAUGCCGUUGUUCUUUCUCGCCUUGACUACUGCAAUCCCCUUCUCAGUGGUCUUACAUGUUCCCAGAUUGCACCGCUGCAAUCUAUAAUGAAUGCAGCAGCGAGGCUCAUUUUUCUGUUUGCGUGCACCUCCCAGCCUCCCCCUUCUGUCAGUCCCUACAUUGGCUUCCAGUUAGAUACAGAGCUCAAUUUAAGAUUCUGGUGCUUGCUUACAGGUCCCUACAUAAUGCUGCUCCAACCUACCUAUUCUCCCUAAUACACAAGUAUGUCCUGUUGAGGUCCCUGCGCUCUGUCGAAGACCUACGUCAACCCUCUAUCCGUACUCCCACAUCUGAUGCUCACCUUCAAGACUUCUCCAGGGCUGCACCUUUUCUGUGGAACUCCCUUUGCUUCUCCAUUAGACUUUCACCCAGUGUCCACUCCUUCAAAAAAUCUUUGAAAACACACUUCUUCAGGAAAGCAUAUCAUUUAAACUGUUAGCGGGUUUUCAUUCCCUUCCCUUCUCCCCAUGUCUCCUCUCCUGCAACUGGGAAAAUAAAAAAGUUCUCAGUGAAUACUUUUCUAGCAACCUAUUUCAUUACCCCUACUUAUACCUUUUGUGUCACUAUACCCCACUCCCUCUAGCAUGCAAGCUCAUUUGUCUGGUUACAAUUACGUGUCUGUUAGUCCAGCGCUUCCAAAUUGACUGGCGCUAUAUAAAUAAUAAUUUUUAAAAAUUAAAAAAUAAUAAUAAAUAGAUGAACAUGAAAAGGAUCACAUUAUUUUUGGUCUAAGUUCCUUCUUAGAUAACAUGAAUUUGGUGCUAAUUGUAGAACCUCCAUCUAGUUCAACCUCCAACAGGACAGAUCUACAUCUAGGGUUAUUUUGCACUGCUUGCUGCCUUAGCUUCUUUCCAUAUCAUAAAUGUGUCCUUUUCAGAUAGGUUUGUAACCUACAAUGUUGUAAUCAGAAUUAUAUCACUAAUUGGCCAGUGAGUAUUGCUAAAUCUGCACUAUUUAUGUCGGAAAACAAGUAAGCUAACAAAUAACUUAAUUCUAAUUUACUAUAAAUUAGAGUUGUGCAUGAUGUGAUUGUUCAGUUUGUCCAAAUAAUUUUUCCAAAAAUGUAGGUUUUGGUUUGGAUGCCAGAUACUCAUUCAUGUGACAGUUCAGCAUGGCCAAAUGUCAUUCACGAAAAACUAUUCAGGGACAUUUAGACAAACCAGAAAGGGCAUGCAAACGGGCCAAUCAGUACUGCAAAAUAUAUACAUAAUGUAAACAUUAUAUAUAUAUAUAUAUAUAUAUAUAUAUAUAAAAAUAUAUACAGAAUCUGGCACUGUACCUUAAAGUAAUAAUCAUCCAAAGAUAGCCUCGGUGCUACAGGGCGUAGAUAAAUAGAAAAAUGAUGAGAAGAGCACUCCAGAGGACUUGUUUUAGUAGAUUUUAUCGGUGUUUAAACAAAAUCGACGUUUCGACCCGCAGGUCUUUAUCAAGUGUGAAGAAGUAACCAAAGGAGGGAAAGAGUUGACGCAGUAAAAAAUAAAUCUCUCUCUCUCUCUUUCUCUCUCUCUCUCUAUCUAUAUAUAUAUCGUCACCUCCUAUUUCUCCCUCUAUUGUACGCUUUUUACUUGAUCUAUGAAUAAAAUCAACAUUUAAUGGCUGUCUUGUAGCCAUCAAUCACCUCUUGUUUUGACACCACUGGUAGAACUUCAAAUACACAAAUGUUUGGCCAUCGUGCUAGUUGUCUGCUCGGGUAUACAUUCAAGAACUGUUCAACAUGGCUUAACAACAAAUCUGCCUAAAUUCUGCCAGUCUGAAUGCACAAGUCUAAUAUACAUAAGAGGAUCUAUGUUCCAAAACAACUGGAGUGACAGAAGUUCCCAGUCUUCUGUCACUCUUGUGGACUGCAACACUGUUUCAGUCAGGCUCCGUCAAAUUUCAUAUGAGUUUCAAUUUACAUCAGUUGGAGUGUCAGGGAACCACUUGCACACCAGAUGAUGCAAAUUACAUAUCCAAUUUAUAGUGAAGAGCAUAGUAACAAUUGCCUUCUAAGAUGGACUGGUGCUGAAGUUGUGGUUUUCUACAAGAAACCUUAUACAGAGCUUGGCCACACCUGAAAUAGCAGAGGGCUUGUUAAAUAAAUACUACACAAAAACUGUGCAUAUACACAUACAUAAAUAUAUAGAGUACAUUAAAAUGGAGAGAAAAAAAUCACAAUACCAUUAAUCUGUCUGUGGUUCAUUAUUGUAUGCUCUACCACAUACGUUAAUCUAUUUAAGCUCAAUUUUAUUUAUGGGAGUUGGAUCUCUAAAGCAACAUAAAAUGUGUAUUUAACUCCACUAAAGCUAUUAACACAAAGCACUAAAUCCACAAAACCUUACAUUUACUUGACUAUUGAAAACUCUCUACAAAUGGAAUACAGCACAAACAUAACAAUAAUAAUGCUAGAGAAAUAAUCUAUAUAAAAUAUUGAAAAAAACAUAUAUGAACUCUUCAAAUGUCAUAUUCAGUUCUCCAAAUGUUAUCAAGAUUUUCUAAGAUUCUAACACAUACAGUAUCUCUCGCAAAAAUACACCAAAGAGUGCAGAUGUGUUGACAUAGUGACAGUAUCUAUCUAACAGAGCUCGGGAGAUUGUGUAUGAUGAAAUAUAUACACCACCCCUCACCCCUCCUCACAAAUUGGAGAAUGUUCUUUGCUAUAAUAAAAAUGAAAAGUUUAGAUGUGAGUUUUGGGCCAGUACGGCACUCCAUAGUUUGGUUACGGCAAAUAAUUGCAUGAUUUAUGAACCCAGUGAACUGUAAAUUAAUGUUUGUAACACGAUCAUUUGCUAACCAUAUUCAAGCAGUUUAUGGUGGGUCCAACAUUUCUUUAAAAUAUUGUUCCAUAAAGAAUGUAGCCUAAGUACCUCUGUAUGUGUUAAUGUCUGAUUAUUGCUAUAUUGCGAGAGCUCACAAUCUAAAGAAAUUUUCCAACUGACUCUUUUAUGCCCAUUCUAGUGAAUGUGAAUAUAAACAUCACUUUAGAUAAUAUGAAUUUUACUUUUUACAUUUAUAUAUGUGUCUUAGAAUUGUGGUUGUUGUGUUUCCAACCAAUCUGAUAGCAAACCACAUGUCGAAAUCUGCAUUUGUAAAUAUAAACAUAUUUUUGUUUUGAUAUUCACUGUAAAGAAUGUAUUUAGGCAUUAGUUUCUUCAGCAUUUUGAAUUGUGCCAGUUGAGCUUAGAAUUCUAUACUGCAGUUUGGUUACCAAAUGGAUGCUUUUAUGUCAAUUAUUCCACACGACACAUCGUGAAUCUUAUUUUGAAUGCUAAAUAAAACAUUACACAUGCACAUUAUUAAAUAACUAAUUGCUCUAACCAAAAAGAGUUUUCAAACAUGGGGACCAAUUGUAUAUUAAUGUCAAUUUAAGUGACUUAAUUACAAAUAUGAACAUAAAAAUAUUAUAUCACAUUUCUGAGAUAUCAAAUACAUUUGUGGUCUAGUCGAGCUGUCCACCAGCAUUGUAAUAUACAAGAAUGGCCUUCAAGAUAACACUUUAUUCCAGGGAAAAAAUAAAGUUAAAUAUAAACCACUAGCCGUUCCAAAUGUGGUACUUGUUCUACUGUUUCUUAGAAAAAAAGGACUUUUGAAACAAUGUGUAAAAGUUUUAAAAACAGAAAAUUAAUUAUUUUAACAUUUAAAAUAUACAUUUCCCAAACUGAGUGACACUAAAAUCAGAGAAGGCAUAUUUGUUGGUCCUCAGAGUAUAAAAUAACUAAAAGAUCUAAUGUUUCUCCAAAGCAGAAUUAGCGGUGUUGAUUUAUUUUAAACCUCUUGUAGAAGGGUUUUUUGGCAAUAAAAAGGAUUAAAAAAAAUGUGCAUGUGUUAUGUUUUAUUUAGCAUUCAAAGUAGGAUUCACAAUGUGAACAAUACACAAGAAUAAUAGAGAACUAAUUGAAACUUUAAGACAUUAUGAUGAUGAAUGUCACUAAAAGUCUACUUUCUACAUUCUCACCUUAAAGGAAACUAUAGUGUUAGGAAUACAAAGUUGUAUUCCUGACACUAUAGUGCCCUCUGGUCCCCCGAACUUAGGUACAUAUGGAGUAAAAAAACUCUUUAAUAACUUACCUGAUUCAAGUGCCAAUAUCCCUCUGUGCUGGGUUGCACUCUCCCUCCUCUAGUGUCAUACAUGGGCAUUUCUCAUAGAAAUUUCCUCUGAUGCUGGAACCAGAGUUGUUUCACGGAGUCAAACUUUUCUCAAAAACUGCAAUGUUUUACAUUGCAGGAUUAAGGGCAGCAGGGACACUGUAUCUAGAUCACUUCAAUGAGAUGAAGUGGUCUGGUUGCCUAUUGUGUCCCUUUAACGUCAUUUCUAAUAUAUUUUUAAUGUUUUUUUUUUAAAUAGUACGACAGAAAAUAUAAUAAUGACAUAAAUACAUUAAUGUAUGAACUGUUGUCAAAUAAAACAGAUAAACAAGUGAAAUACACAUCAAAAUUAUAGUUUCCUAUAUAAAUGAGAUAAAUAAAGUAUGUACAGAAGUGAAAAUAGAUUCAUAGCAUAAGUUAUUACAUGGUACCAAACAAAAGGUCAGUAAGUAAAACAAGCAUUCAGUCAGGUGGGAACAUGGUUAAAGUCCGUAUUCCUUUUUCACACCAUCUUCCCACAUGGACCAUUUGUGCUGCAGUAUAGAUGUGAAGGUAGAUGGUUCACGGAAAGCUAAUUCACAUCUUUUAUUUUCAAAUGCUGCAGAUAAGACUUCAUCCGCAGUUGGUAUAGUGGGUGAUUUCCAGAGUCGGGAGAUGAUGGAAUUCAUAGAGAUUAAAAGAUGGCCUAGUAUAAUUUGUUUGUAUCUAGGCAGGUUAGAAGGAAUUUACUUAAAGAAACAAAGACAUUCCCUUUAAUUUAUUCCUGGAAAAUGUAGGUUAUGUUAGUGAAGAGCAAGGUGAAAGAAUUUACCAGGAUAUAAGUACCAUGGAAAGAAGAUAACAAGGUCUGCUGGGUGAUUUUAGUUGGUUUCUUCACAGAGAAGAAUGGAGACAUAAAAGAAAAAAAGUAGAAACUUUAAUGUAAUAUAAUGUAGUUCACCUGUUGAAUUUUUGUUAUUUUAUUGUAUUUUGAUUUUAUUUUAUUUUAUAUUUUAAUUUUAUUUUAUAUUUUUGUUGUCAUAUAGCUAUUAAACAUUUUUGUUCUAUAUGCAUUCUUUUCUAGAAUUUAUUUAAAUCAUUAUUAAAAAAAUAUGUCUAUUAAUAUUAUUUAGAUUUAAAUAUUAUGAUAACAUAACACACUUCAGUGCCAACUUUGGUUGAUUUCGAACUAGAUUUAUUCUGAAACAGCCAUGUUUAGCCAAGCUAGAUGUGAAAAGUUCAAAUGUGUCAGCUAGUGUUAUUUGUUUUUUACCUGUCCCUUUAAAUAAUAAAUCACAUUAAUUAUAUUAAAAUUGUUAAAAUUAUAUUUUGUAUGAAACUUUACUGAUUAGUGUAUUUAAGGUUUUUCUCCAUGAAAAGGGUUUAUUUAAUAUAAAGUAUACAACGCUCAUCCAUGAAAAAAUGAACCAAUCCAAUGAUUCUGAGAAAAGUUUAAUUUUUCUGUUUUAUUCUUCAAGGUAAGAUAAACAUAUAAAACUAUUCACAUGUAAAGAAAAGAUUUAUAUAAUGUUUUGUGUUUUAAGUAUUAAAAAAAGAUAUUUACUAACAAUAUUAAACUUAGUGUUACCGUUAUGUUUUUUCAGGAUGGAUUUCCUUGUCUUUCUGUGAGGAUUGGUCGUUCACAUUCCCAGAAUCCAUCACUGUCUUUACAGGUUCUAGUGUCACUAUACCAUGCACAUUCACCUCUCCCAAAGGCUACAGCGAUGUCCAUAUAAUUUGGUACACUUACAAUGUUUUUAGCUACAUACAAGUUUUCAACAGCAAAGACCCCUCUGCAGUGUUACCUAAAUACCGAGGUCGGACUUUCCUUGUGGGAAAUGACACAAACAGUUGCUCGUUGAGGAUUGAUGGUGUUAUUGAAAAUAAAUAUUUUUAUCCAGGAAUAAAUGACAAUAUAAACUCUCUUAAGCUCCAGAGAAAGAAAGUAUUUGUCAUAAUCUCAGGUAAUUGA